AUUGUCACUGUCAUCAGUUGCAUGAUUUACAAUCAAGCGGUUUUAUGGAUGACUCAAACAGAAAAUUGAUUUUAGGGUUGCCAGUGGAGUAUAAUAUCCUCAGAUUUGACGUUUUUGACCUUAUAAACUUUAUGAUUUAUCUAGUUCAUUGCCGUUGUAAAACGUAUAAACACAUGAGCAAUCCUUACAAAUGAGAAUGUAUCCGGGCAAGUUGACUGCGCUACAUUAAUUACAUUCAUCCUUUUUAUUGACCCAAGCCAAACGUCAAAUAUAGGGGAUUCCACGAGGAUUUUGAAUUUCAUAUUAUGGCAAUAUUGAUAACCGAAUGUCACUGUCAUUCAAAGUCAAUGUCAACUGCACGUUUCCCCUCGAUGUUGAAGUUGUUGCUGUUUAUAUAGUAUUUUACUUGUUUUUCAUUUGUAAUUUAUACAAUUAGUUAAAGUUAAUCAAGUCUUAGUUAAUAGAGAACUUUGUUUCUAAGUGAUCAUGCCCGGGCCUGACUUGUUAUCGAGCCAGGGUCUUCGUUUAGACGGCAGAAGACCAAACGAGCUGAGAAGAAUUCGGUGUAAACUUGGAGUGUUCACACAGCCUGAUGGAAGUGCUUAUUUAGAACAAGGGAAUACUAAGGUCUUAGCAGCUGUAUACGGUCCACAUCAGGCAGCAAAAUCGAAAAUGAACACAGAAGGAGUUGUUGUUAAUUGCCAAUACAGUAUGGCCACAUUUUCUACAGGAGAAAGAAAGAACAGGCCUCGUGGUGAUCGGAAGUCGCAGGAGAUGUCAAUGCACCUGAGACAGGUUCUGAUAGCUGCUAUCAAGACCGAGUUGUACCCUCGCUCACAGAUUGACAUUUAUGUGGAAGUCUUGCAGGCGGACGGCAGCGCGUUCUGCGCCUGUGUGAACGCAGCGAGCUUAGCUCUAAUCAACGCGGGUAUCCCGAUGCGCGCCAUCGUGUGUGCCUCCUCCGCCUCCAUGGCGUGGCGCGGCGCCGACCCACAGCCGCUCGUAGACGUGGGUCAUGUCGAGGAGGCGGCGGGCGGCGUGUGUCUCACCGUGGCUGCCAUGCCCACUACUGGAAGUAUAGCCCUCCUGGAGAUGUCGCACAGAUUGCACAUGGACUACUUUGACCUAGUGUUGAGCAGAGCUAUGCAGGGCUGCAGAGAUAUUGAGGCGGUGUUGGACCGAGCAGUUAGAGACCACCUGGCAGAAGGCUGGACUAAACCAGAUGCUUGAAAUAAAUUCGCAUUUAAAACGAUGUUUUUAACUACCUCCAAAUUUUCCAUAUUACUUUUAAGGCCCAGUAAGUUGGUGUUCUUCUCUCACUCUUACUAAACGAGAUGGAACUGCGUGUCCGGGAUCGCGGACAUCAUGUUUUCUAAUUACAAAAACGUACAAACAUUUAAAUAUAUAAAAAAGUAAUCAAUGCGUUCCCUCAAACAUGACAUUUCCGAUUAUA